AUGGUCACCGCCUCCCUUGUUGCCUUCUUCCUGUUUUUCCCAGACUCCGUGAAACUGCCCGUCUGUUCCCCGACCCUGUCAGUCCAGACCAACAACGACGGUCUUCUCACAUCCUUUGCUCACACACACCUACAUCGACUUCCACCUCUCUCGCUCCGCGCCCGAGUGGCAGCUCUAUACCUAGGUAACGUGCUCAACCCUGCCGGCAGGCCAGAGGAAGAGGAAGAUCACUUUUUCGACGACGAGUACGAGGACAGUGUAGAUGAAGAGGAAGAGGAUGAGGAUGAGACUUUCUUUAAAAACGCUGGAGUUUUUGAAGCGCAAGAUUUAAAUUGA